CAUCAUGGCAGAAGGAACGGAUUGUCUUGGUCUUAGUGAGCGAAAACUUUUUCAAAUUUUGCGUGAACAUCUCCCCAGUUUGAAUCCUAAAACAAGGAAUAUUAUAGAGUGCAAGGAAGAUAUAUUAUUCGUGUGGAAUUCCAAAGACACUUGCAUACUGACGGUGAAUGUGAAGACUUCGAAGGAUGGGAGUGUUAAUAUUCCUACUCACCAGACGUUGCUGCUAACAGAUCCUCCUUCUUUUGAGGUAGAGCGACUGGUGGUGAAUGGAACUGCAUCACAACUUGCCAUCGUGGGGCCCAGAGGUGUGGGGUUGUUGGAUUUGCCGAGACGUUGGGGUAAAGAAGCGAACUUCCAGGGUGGAAAACACACUAUCACUUGCAGGUGUCGUGUGCUGGACGGAAGGUUCUUCCUGUGCGGCCCUCACAUAGAAGUGAGACAGGUCCGCUGGCACCCUGGCUCGCGCACCGAUUCCCUUCUCUUGGUGCUCACCUCAGAGAACUUCUUGCGACUCUACGAGACUGGCAGCAAUGAACCGCAGCUUCAACAGGUGUGGCCGCUGGGUCGCCAGCCCACCGCAGCUCUCAGCAGUGGACCCCGCCUCCCAUUCCUUGUGGGGCUCGGGGACACGGCAGUUGAUUUUGAUUUUGCUCCACCUGUGCCUUCAGAAAACGAAGAUCCAAAUGGUGGAGCAAGUUCUCGGAUGGAUUCAAGCGCCAUCAUUUGGCCCGUCCUUGUAUUACGUGGCAAUGGCGAGGUGUAUUCUGUGACGUCACCAGUAACAGCCGAUAGUUGCAGUUCUGAGAAGCCCAUAUUGCAUGGACCACUGUUCAUGUACCCUCCUGCAGAUGACAACUACGGAGUGGACGCUUGUUCCAUCCUGUGCUUGCAGUGUGUGCCACCAGUCGUGGUAAUAGCCACCUGUUCUGCUACCUUGUACCACUGUGUGCUGCUGACAGGUGCUGAGGAUGAUGAAGACAACCAUGAUAAAAGGUCAUCUUGGUCACAAUAUGGAUCUACCUACAACCUUCAUACACCUGAUGUUGCACUGUAUGUUUUUGAAUCAGUUGAACUAGAACUGGGAUUGGCGCUUGAUGAUGACGAUGACACAUAUACAUGUCCCAUUUAUCUGCAUCAUGACAGCGGGACAGUUUCACGGUAUUUUUGUACCCAUGAUACUGGAGUCCAUAUGAUGUCCCUCCCAUUUAUUGUGCAUCUGGAGGAAUUUUCCAGAUCUCACGAUGGUGUGUUUCCAGAUUCUCCACCUCUGGAGCUUCUGAACCAGUCAAGUUCAGCUGAGUACCUCAUCUGCACCCGCACCUCAUCCUCAUCCCCACUCUCGCCAAUUCUGGGGCUGGCCAUCACUUCACCUCCUCCAGCACUCAUCACUCUACUAACUUCAGGAGAGGUGGUGAGCCUAAACCUGAUGUCUGUUCCACUUCUGCUACCCCCAUCUACAACAGUACUGAACAAUGGAAAAGAAGAGUUAUAUUCACCUCUCAAAGUGUUACUGAAGGAGCCAUUUGAUGUUCACAUCAAAAAGUUUUUGAAGCAUAAUGUAUCACAACCAAUUCUAAAGUUGGGAUUAAAUGCAGAUCCUUCACCUCAAGAAUGUAUGGAGUUGGUAAGCAGAACCACUCAGCUUUUUCGAGAAGAAUACUUCCAGAGACAUGAUCGUGUUAGAGAAGAAAUUGAAAGAAGGGUCCGGACACUGCAAACUCUGAAACAGCAUCAGCUGCAGGAGUUGGAGCUUAUGGAGCAGGAGAAAAUAAAGCUGAAACAAAGGGCUGAACAGCUGGCAGAGAAAUAUGAGGACACAAAGGAUAAGCAAGAGGAAUUAACAAAAAGGGCUGAACAUGUUCUGUGCCUUGUGAGCCAAAGGCAGCCCGUUUUGUCAUCAGCAGAGAACAAACUUCUGCAAGAUAUGAAUGAGUUUAAAGAAAAGCUCAGAGAAUUCCAGAAAGCUUUGGAACAAGUGAAAGCAAAACAGAACUAUCACAAAGUGCAGAUGGAACAGUGGGUGUCGAAUCAGAAGAAAAGGGAACUGUACUUGGGACAGACUCAUAUGAAGACCAUCAGAACUAAUAUGGCUCAAAUGACUAAUGAGAUUGCUGACCUUUUGAAAAUGGUUGAAAUUUCUAAACAUGAGCUGGGCUUGUGAUUUGACCAAGGCCAUAGUAGAUUAUUAUAAUUAAAAAAAGUAUUUCUUUCUCAUGCAUAUAGCUAUAAAAAUUUUGUAAUUCAAAUAUAAUUCUUAAGACUUGCAGUUUGCUUAGUGCAGUGCCACAUAAAAUGUUUGAAUUCCUGUUACUUACCAUACUUCUCUUAUGAGUUUCUCUGGAGACUGUUAUAAUAAAAAAAUCAGAAAGAUUUGAAUUAAUUAA